CGAAAAAUAGCGAGCUUUCGAACUCAAUAAAAUUAUAUAACGAUUGUCAUAUAACAUUGCUAGCAAAAUUAGGCAUGGAAAAUAUUGCGGCAUUCACAGCUGCAUAGAAAAAUACGUAACAAUUUACAAAAAUAUUACAACGAAUAGAUACUCCGCAGACCCAACGUUGACAUUUGACUGCAUUUGACCGAAAUCAAAAUAAUAAUAAAUGUCAAGUCGAAAAUUAUGGAAAAGACGGACAGAACCAAAGUACAAACCUUCAUCCUAACCCAAAAUGAAUUCGGACAAAAAAUAUACACGUCCCAGUCCGACAGGACCAAAAGCUAUGUAAUUGACGAUGAAGGCAACAUGGUCCAGUACCAUCCUCCUACGUCCAUGCGAGCAGUAAAACUGGAAGAGUGCCACGUUUCCAACGAUGAUAACUUUGAGUUGAACCCGGAAGAAGAGGGACCCCACUUGGGGAUGAUUGCGUCGUUAGAAAGUGCCAGUGAUUUUGACGACCAUUUGAUGCAAGAGCUUGAUUCAGAUUUGAUGAGCGUGGAAGAUACACAUUCAGGGUUGAUCAUGCAACAUAUGGAUAUUCAGGAACCUUUGUCAAAGCUGAGGCAGCUGUUGGAGCAGAGGUUGGGGCUGAGCUUAGAGGAGUACUCGUUUUACUUGCAGGGGGCACAAAUGUUGGAAAACAACAAAAAUUUGGUCGAGCAGUGUGUUCAAGGGCAGGGCUUGGUGCAGAUCAACGUUCAACUGCAGGUCAACUUGAAAAGGAUCAAUAUUUUGGAUGUCUUAAAGCCCGCUGAAGACUAUAUCCACGUUGACGAAUUAAACCAAAACGAGCCAAAAGACUCCCCGCCACCGAAAGCAGUGGUGCAGUGGCAAGUGGACCUCGCAUAUAAGAAAGAACAGGACCGACUGAAAAUCCCCCACGACCCCAUGGAAUGGACGGAAGUCCACGUCAGACACUGGGUUCAAUGGGCCGUUCGCCAGUUCAACUUACCCAACAUCAAACUCUCUGAUUGGACGAUGACGGGUAAAGAACUGUACGAAGUGACCCUCACAGACUUCCAGAAAAUCGUUCCGCACGAUCCCGGCGACAUCUUCUGGACGCAUUUGGAACUUUUACGAAAGAUGAAAGUCGUGGCCACGAAGAAAGAAGAAGGGUCGCCUCAAGAAGAACCUCACGUCACUAAACAGAAGCGCAUCAACCGAGUUAUCAACAAUUACGCUUCGGCGAUGAGUUACUUCGACAACGGGGGGUCUUCGGGUAACAGGUCGGGAAAUAACGGUCAGAUCCAGUUGUGGCAGUUCUUGUUGGAGUUGCUGACGAGUAAGGAGUAUAAGAGUGUUAUACACUGGACGGGGAACGACGGGGAAUUCAAGCUAAGGAAUCCACAGUUGGUGGCGCAAUUGUGGGGCGAGAGGAAGAAUAAACCGACGAUGAACUAUGAGAAGUUGUCGAGAGCGUUGAGGUAUUAUUAUGACGGGGAUAUGAUUUCCAAGGUUCACGGGGAGAGGUUCGUGUAUAAGUUUGUCUGUGAUUUGAAGGAGAUGUUGGGGUAUGAUGCGAGGGAGUUGUCGAAUUUAAUUAAUUAUGGAAAUCCUAUGAUUAAAGAGAAGUGUUGAUUGUUGGUGCAAUAAAAGUUUUUUAUGUUCAGAA